GUGGUCGUUCACGAUGCAUAUGCUAUUUUCGAGUAAGUUGCACUAACGUAAAUAAGGGUAAGAUAUGGAAAAUUCGGCCUAUGUUCCUAGUUCGGGACAUUUGAAUUCUCCAGCCCUUGUAGUGUUUUCCCAAGCUGCAGGUGGGUUACAAGAUGCCCUUCGUAUCCAACGUCCCUUUAAUCCGCAGUUUGCGAUGUCCGAGGCGUCGAAAGAGCUUCAUCGUCCGUUUACCUCUAGUUUCGGUUUGCGUCAUAUGGAGGCCUACAGUGGUCUUCCAGCCCACAUUUUGAACCACCUUCAGCCUCAAUUCCUCCAUCCGGGAUUGUCUCUCGGUUCCGGUGCAUUUCGUCCACUCGCCGAUUUAAAAGCGUUUCCUUCUCCGUCGGCAUUCGCGCCACCAAAGUGUUUAAAAAUCGAAACAAACAGUGAAUCGGUUCACCAUGGUCACGGUAUAUUCUCCCCGUCGGAAGAACGGUUUCUUGGACCAAGUCCUCGAACGGACUCUUGUUCGCCCGCGAGCGCGUCAAUGUCUCCCCAACCCCAAACGACCGUCAAAGAGGAGAGUUUGGAUGCUCACAUGUCGGAAGAUGGGGAUGCGACCCAUGGACAAGCAACAGACAACGACUCGCCUGGAAUUCAUGACGACAACAGAGGAUUUCGGAUAGGACCUUUGUUUGGGGGUGGAUUCACCGGGAGCAGCGCUUACGCGUUCUCUGUGCCGGGUCUUCCUCCCGCCGCCCACGCUCUCGCCAAGACCAGCUUUCUCUUCGACCACGAUUUAGCACUAAAUAAGAAAAAACGGGACCCUUCCUGCUGCCCUAUUUGCGGUAUGACCAUUUCACCAGGAGAUUUAGAAGCGCAUUUAGGACAGGAAUUGGAAGUAUUAUGUAAGAUUAGUGGGACGGGAUUGGCAGCGACCAGAAAAAGGCGCCAAGAACCGGGACGUCCACCUGCUCUUCCAGGUGACAGCGGUCCCGAAGGACGGUGGGAGACUUUCCAAAGAAUAAAAUCAAAUCGACAAGGUCGGCUGCGGAUGAAGACCCGGAAACGAAAAAUAGACGAAGGUUGCUUGAUUUGUGUGGGACGGUUACAUCGAACUCCUGAAGAACUCAAUCUGCAUGUGGAACAAUGUCGAAAGAAUUCUGUGAAUGACGAAGACGAGACCGUGGACGUGGAAGGAGAUUCCGAGUUGGAAGAGUGGGCUGAAAAUCAGCGCCGAAGUUCAACUUCAACUUCAACUUCCAACGCCCCCAAUGGAAACAGUAUUGGUAGUAGCACCGGGAGAGUAACUUCAGAUGCUGACAACGAGGGUGACGACGUGAUCGUCGACGGCGACGAGCCGGAAGAAUCAUCAUUUGGCCCGUCUCAAUACACCGAAAGUGACGUCGUUAUCAAAAACUCGCAAGAUAAGGGUAGCAAAAAAGAAGGGGUGCAGUCGCAAGUCGCCACUGUGAAUUCAAGCGGGGAUGUGGAGGUUACAAUGGAUGUAAUUGUGGAAAGUGACAGUAAUGUGAGCACAUCGGAUGCUGAGCCCAGUAGUAGGACGCAAAUGCUAGAGGAAUUAAGAAAUAGGAUUCGGCCCCUAACCGAGAACGCGGGAGAGACGGCGACUAGCACCGAAACCGAAGACUAUAAAUGUUUAAUAUGUCUGGAGCACUACAAGAAACCGGUUAUUUCAACUGUUUGCUGGCAUGUGCAUUGCGAGGACUGCUGGUUACAUGCCUUAGGUAGUAAAAAUAUUUGCCCUCAAUGCAGUAUGAUUACAGCCCCGACAGACCUCCGACGCAUCUUCAUGUAAGGAAGGAUAUAUUGGAAAGAGCUCAUUUACUUGUACGCAUUUAUGUAAACGCACCGUACUUUAUUAUGCACUAUUACUAUAGCUUAGCUGAAGUUUCGGCAUUUUCGGACAUCAUCAGCCUUUCUAAUCUUUACCAACAUAUCCUAGACAAUUUCUUCUAGUUUUUUUGUGAUAUGUUUUCUAACCAUCCAAAUUUUUUAUUGUUGUUAUCAAUUUGAUUUUCUACUUAAUCACCAAUUAUUGAUAUUAUUAGAAAAACUUAUAGCAAACUGGACAUUAUUUCAACACUGUAGGUAAUAAAUUAAUGUUGGUGGUGAUUAUAAGCAUCUGCGGACGGUUCAUUUAUAUUCCUAUUGUUACAACCAAUGUUGUUAACAACAAAUAUUUUGUUUUGGAAUACCACGUUAUUUUUGUUAGGGUGUUAAACCGUAAUGUUAAAAUUAAAAUAUUUAUGUUACUAAUAAUAAAUAUAUAUUUAAAAAUUUGUAUAAUAUGUCUAUGUACAUUAUCUGUAGAUAUCUCUACGUAUAA